AUGGGGUUCAAUAAGACGUACAUCAGUAUCGGGUAUGCCGCUUUUGGCAUGCUUAUAGGAUUCUCUGCGUUUAUCGUGUGGAACAUCGCGUACAAACAAUCAUGGACAGCUGCAAUGGGAGGAUUAUCAGGUGUUCUGGCUUUCUGGGCCCUCAUCACCCACAUCAUGUACUUGCAGGACUACUGGCGCACCUGGCUGAAGGGCCUCAAGUUCUUCCUCUUCAUGGGUGUCUUCUUCGCCCUUCUGGCAGUGGUGGCCUUCAUCACCUUCCUCUCCCUCGCCAUCACCAACAAAGAGUCACUGACUGACCCGAGGAGCCUGUUCCUGUCGGGCGUGUGGAGUUUAAUGACCCUGAAGUGGUCCAUCCUGCUCGCCCUCUACUCACACCGCUACCGCAAAGAGUUUGCUGACAUCAGCAUCCUCAGUGACUUUUGAUAAGGGCCAUUGAACCCCUCUAUAGUGAGGGAAUGAGUACCAUGAUCUCCACCUAUGCCCGCGCCUCCUCGUUUAGGUUACCCGCUCUUUUCCUAUGUCUGUGAAAUCAAAUCAACGUUAAUUUGUCACGUGCACAGGAUACAACCGGUGUAAACAGUACAGUGAAAUGCUUACCUGCAAGCUCUUCCUUAACAAUGUAGUAUUCAAUAUCAAAGGGAAAGAAAUAGAAAAUCCACAAUAGAAUCUUAAAAAGCUCACAGAAACAGGGAAUGCUCAGCGCCUGCUAGCCAGUCUAUCCACAAGUUCAUCCCUAUUUUAUACUGUUUAUGGAUUUUUACUGUCUUCCUAUACAUAUGUGACACUCUUUUCUGUGUUCCUGUCGUAUGUCCUCUGAAGUUGUUUUAGUCAUAUGCCAAUAUCUCUCUUUUUAUGAGAUUAGGGGUUCUUAUUUGAUGAAUUUGUAUCUAAUCCUUGAUGAUCAUGUACACCUGUGCUUAUAUACCUAGGAUGUUUUUUACUAUAUCUUUAUAUAUAUAUAUAUAUGGUACAGAAUUGAUUUCCAUUCUCUUGCCACAAGGGGGCGUCACUCCAUCAAAUGCGUUGGCUGUUGGGAAAUGUUUUUGUUUUUAGAUGUAAGCCUAUCUCAGAUUUCAUCUCAGUGUAGUAUAACUGUACUCUACCUGCACAAAUCAUAGAUCAUCAAUUCUAGACAACAAUAGGACACAUCACAGGCAUGUUUGGGAAAUCCAAGUGCUCGGAUUUUAAUAUGACUGUUCUGUGUUAUCCGUUUUUGCACUUUGUGCUUGGGUUCACAAAAACUUACUGUCACCUGUAGUCAGUAUAUGUGACGAAGCCACUACAUUUAGUUUGUUGGGUCUCAACACUAUUUGGAAACACUUUACUUAAUGCGGACAGGUAUAAUGCAUUUUUUAUGUAAGACUUAUCAUAAGACUUGUUUGACCGGGGGGGUCCCCCCCCCCCCCCCCCCCCCUUAUAAAGUCUUAUAGCAUUAUACCUGCCAGUGUUAGCCACUUUCACAGCAUCCCACCACCACUGACUGUAUAAAAUGACUAUAUGAAGAAAGAUUGUACUACCAUCCCAUAAUGUAAGAACAACUGCUUUUACAACAGUUGCAAAUUAAUUUCAAAUGUCUCUUUUUAGUACUCGUUGUAUUUGAAUGGAGAUAUUUCGUAGCAUUUUUAUUAUUUCCAUGAUGGGAAGUUGUCAACAAAGUGAACGAAGACCAAACCAAUGAUGUCCCAAGUGUGAGAAGGACCAUUGGAGCUUAAUAAUAUGAGCCUUUGACCAAUUUUAUUCCGGUAAACGCUUUGGCUCCCAACACGAGGACCCGAGUCUGAAAAGGUACUCUACUCCCUAUAUAGUGCACUACAGACGCACCAAGGACUAAUUACGUGAAUGCUUCAGUAAUCAUAAACAUUUGUUUGUUGCUUCUCAGAUCCAAAAUAUUGGUGAUCAUCAUACUGCUGCCUGUGGAGAUUAAUGUGAUCCUGUUCUUCCUUUUUCCUUUUUAAAAGUCUGUUGUUUCUAUGUGAACUACCACAUCUAGCAUAUUGUAAUAAUGAAACAUGAAAUGAUGUAUAUCCACUUGCGUGUGUGUAGGAAUGUAUGUCUGUUGUACAGGUAUGUAUGUGAGAGCCAUAUUAAUAAAAUAUAAUUGUAGGACAGCC